AUGCCUCAUCGCCGUCCCGACGCCCUCGCCCGAGGACCUCGCCGGAGCUCCCUCGCCAGCCUGCCUCCACUCCGUCCGCGCCGUCCCCGUUCCCCCCACCUCGAGCAUGCUGCCCCGUCCCUACAGCCCCGCCGUGAGCGCCCUCCUCCUCUCCCCUCUUCCCCUGUCACCGCGCGCCCGAGGCCGUGCUCGCUCGCGGCCUCCCCGCGCUCGUCGCGCCUCCUCUGGAUGGCCAUCGCGCCCGAGCCGUUCCCCGUCGUCGCCUCGCCGUACACGGCCGCCCGCCGCGCCUGGCCGCGCACCGCGCCGCCGUUGCCUCCCACCGGCGUUGGCCUCUGGCUUCGCCCCGCACCCUAG